GUGCGUGCAACUUAACUCACCUAGUUCUGAAUAAAAGGAACACAUGAGUGUGAGAAAGUCUUAGAGCCAUGCCUUCACUAAUGAUGAAAAGUCUCUAUUUUCUUAUCUUCUCCAUCUUCAUAUCUAUCUCAUCAAUCUCCUGCCAAAAAUACCACCCACUGGAUCCUUUAUCACCAUCCGAAUUCAUCCUCAUUAAAACCAUAGUUCACAAGGCAUAUUCCACCUCAAACCACAACUUAACCUUCCAAUACGUAGGGCUAGACGAGCCAGAGAAGAGCACCAUUCUCUCAUGGCAAACAAAACCCGCCACCAAACCGCCGCCCCGCCGAGCCCUCGUGCAUGCCCGGCUCAACAAAGAAACCCUAGAGAUCAUCGUCGAUUUGUCGACGCGUUCGAUAUUCUCCCAACAAAAACACCUAGGAAGCGGCUUCCCAAUGCUAACCCUAGAGGAACAAACUAAUGCAAACAUUUUGGUACUAAAAUACGGACCUUUAAUUAAGUCUGUGAAAGACCGAGGGUUAGAUAUGUCCCAAGUUUAUUGCUCUUCUUUUACCGCUGGGUGGUAUGGGGAGAAAAAAGCUGAGAGAGUGAUAAAGAUUCAGUGCUUUUACACAAACGGAACGGCCAACUUGUAUGUGAGGCCAUUGGAGGGGAUACUAUUGGUGGUCAAUCUUGAUGAGAUGAAGAUUGUUGAAUAUCACGAUAGGCUUAGAAUUCCGUUGCCGAAAGCCGAGGGAACCGAGUUCCGAGCAUCGUGGCUCCGGCCGCCUUUCGGGCCGUGGCUGAACGGUGUGGCUGUGGCGCAAGAACCGGGGUUCGAGAUGGACGGACACACUAUCAGCUGGGCAAACUGGAAAUUCCAUCUAGCAUUUGACGCUAGAGUUGGCGUAGUUUUAUCUCAAGCAUCGAUCUUUGAUCUUGACAAGAACAAGUACCGACGAGUGUUAUAUAGAGCUUAUGUAUCCGAGCUCUUUGUGCCAUACAUGGACCCAACCGAUGAAGUCUACUUCAAGACCUUCUUUGAUUGCGGUGAGUUCGGGGUUGGCCAAUCCGCCGUGCCGCUUGUAACGUCGGCCGAUUGCCCCGCCAAUGCCAAGUUCAUCGACGCAUACUAUGCCGCACCGGAUGGGACCCCUGUGAAUAUAUCAAACGCAAUCUGUAUUUUUGAAAGGCAUGCUGGGAACAUCUUGUGGCGUCACACCGAGACAGCCAUCUUAGGGGAAGUGAUAACUGAGGCUAGGGCAGAUGUGAGCUUGGUAGUGAGAAUGGUUUCCACUGUGGGCAAUUACGAUUACAUUCUUGAUUGGGAAUUCAAGCCUGCUGGCUCCAUCAAAUUUGGGGUUGGGCUAACAGGAGUCCUAGAAAUCAAAGGAGUAACAUACACUCACAAAGAUCAAAUAAAGGAGGAUGUUUAUGGCCCAUUGCUAGCAGAAAACAGCGUAGCAAUUCACCACGAUCACUUCUUAACCUAUCAUUUAGACCUCGACGUAGACGGUGAAGCAAAUUCCAUUAUGAAGACCACUUUGGUGACAAAACGACAAAGUAGAAAUAAUAUUAAUGCAAAACACAUCACGCCAAGGAAGAGUUAUUGGACUACCGAGACUGAGAUUGUUAAAACUGAAUCAGAUGCCAAACUGAAGCUGGGUUUGAGGCCAUUAGAGCUAGCUGUGAUAAACCCUAAUAAGAGAACCAAAGUGGGGAACCACAUUGGUUAUCGUCUAUUGCCGGGCCCGGCCGCCAUUCCCCUUUUAUCCAACGACGAUUACCCGCAAACUCGAGCUCCUUUCACGAACUAUGAUGUUUGGGUUACGCCAUAUAACAAGUCGGAGAAGUGGGCAGGAGGAAAAUUUGUUGAUCAGAGUCGAGGAGACGAUAAUUUGGAAACAUGGUGUCACAGAAAUAGGAAUAUUGAGAACAAGGAUAUAGUAUUGUGGCACACCAUCGGCUUCCAUCAUGUCCCCAGCCAGGAAGAAUUUCCGGUGAUGCCGACUCUGACCGGUGGAUUUGAGCUGCGACCUACCAAUUUCUUUGAGAGCAACCCAGUGCUUAAAGUGAAAACUUCCAAGCUGCAAGUUCCUGGGUCUAACUGCACCACCCAUCUCUAGGUUGAUUUUAGUACCCUAUUUUGUAUUAGAAUAAUUGGGCCUGUUAUUUUGGAGUGUGAUUUGAGUGUAGUUUUUUAGUUUAAUUUGAGUUAUAACUUAAGAUGAAGUUGUAACUUGAGUUUGUGUUUGAUUGUGUGCAUUUGAGUUAUGUUUUGAGAUGAGAAUUUUUGAGUUUGUGUUUGGGUGUAUAAUAAGACUUGAGCUGUGAAUAGUGGG